AUGGCAAAGACCGCCAAAGUCAAGAAAAACCCUACUGCCAACCCCAAGUCUCGGGCAUCGAGAAGAGAAACUUCUCCGUCUAUAGAUGUCGACAAAUCCGUGAGAGACGCCCCACGCGCCUCAGAUGCCACCCCUGUCUUGGCGGCACGUCCCAGUGCCGGUGUGACCAAAACCAAGAAAAAGCAGAAACCAUUGACCAAGGGUCAAAGGAGGAGACAUGAGCAAGGACUUGCGAGGGCGGAGAUCGUGCAAGACCAACUCGCCAAAAAGGUGAAUGACGCAUCCACACGACUCAAGAAGAGAAGGGAACGGAAAGGAGUGUGGGAUGAGAUUAACGGGGGCACCAAAUCUGAACAGAUGAGAGCGAUUCUUGGACAAGACAUGGACCAGCCAGAUGGCGACGACUGGGAAGACGAAGCCAUGGAAGAGGUGGAAAUGGGUCAAGAAAGUGAGACCAAGACGGUGGAAGGGGUCGCUAUGUCCACGACGGCGGUUGCUAGCAAGGUAACGGUUGUCGAUCAAACAACCUCUGCUUCUGUGCCCGCAACGGCCGAGGAAGAUGAGGCCGACAAAAUCACCUGA